AUUUUUUAAAUAAUUGAUUUUAUUUUUAACUAACAGUUACUGACUUUAUAAACAGUUUGUAUGUGACACCAUGUGAGAAACAAUAAUAACCUUAUUUUUUUUUAUAUACUAAAAAAAAAUGUUAUUAUUUCGUAAUAGUUUUCUCAAUUUAAGCAAAAGAUGUAUGCAUAAAACGAAUAUUGCACAGCCGUUAAGAAGUAAAAAAGCAAAAUCGCAAACCAAUAAAGCUCAAUACUUUGUUGAUUUACGCACUGUACGUACAUUAGGGGGUCGUGGAGGUGAUGGAUGCAUAUCCUUUUUACAUUUAUGGGCUAAUGAAAAUGCUGGACCUGAUGGGGGCGAUGGAGGGAAUGGUGGGCAUAUUAUUUUUGAAGCAUCUAAAGAUGUUAAAGAUUUAACACAUGUAACAUCAGUCCUACAAGCUGAUCUUGGUGAAAAAGGAUCUGGAAAGAAUUGUCAUGGAAAGAAUGCACAACAUACAAUUGUAAAAGUACCGAUUGGGACUAUUAUUAAAAAUAGUAAAAAUAUUAUUAUCGGGGAUUUAGAAAAAGAUGGUACCAUGUUUGUAGCUGCAAAAGGUGGAGCUGGUGGUAAAGGGAAUCAUUUUUUUGUAUCGGACACAGAACAGGCACCAUAUAUUUGUGAAUAUGGAGCUGAAGGAGAGGAUUUACAAUAUACGUUAGAAAUUAGGAGUAUGGCACAUAUUGGUUUGGUUGGAUUUCCAAAUGCAGGAAAGAGUACAUUAUUAAGAGCCAUUUCACGAGCACGCCCAAAAGUAGCACCUUAUCCAUUUACAACUCUGAAACCACAUCUAGGAAUUGUUCAGUAUGAUGAUUACGAACAAAUAGCAGUUGCGGAUUUACCGGGAAUAAUUGAAGACAGUCACAAGAAUAAAGGUCUUGGUAUUCAAUUUCUUAGACAUGCCGAACGUUGUGCUGCAAUACUUAUAAUUUUAGAUGUUGCAAAUGAUGAACCAUGGAAACAUUUAAAAAUUUUACAAAAUGAAAUCGAUAAAUUUAGCAACGAACUAUCAUCAAGAACACAAAUCAUUAUUGCUAAUAAAAUUGAUUUACCUGGUGCUAUGGAAAAUGUUGAAUUAUUACGAAAGCACACACAAUUACCGAUUAUUCCAAUUUCAGCAAAAAUUGGUACAAAUGUUAAACAAUUGUUACAAGAUAUUCGAGUUGUUUAUGAUAAGAUGUUAGAUGUUAGUAAUAAACUAGACGAAUUAGAUUAA